AGUAAAUGGGACACACUAUUCUGUAGUUUUCUUAAAUCAAAGUUUCUGGCGUAUAGCUUCAGCAAAUUGUGGAAUAUAAACUGGCUUAAUUGAAGGGGUAAUGAAAGAUUAGUAUGUAAAAUCAGGCAUCAUCCACCCACUGACAAUGGGAAAUUGCCGUAAUACUGCUCAUAAAGGGAAAUUAUCGUUUUCCUAACGGUUGGCAAAGGACGACGCGUACGAAUGCAUCUUGCGACAUAUUAUUUUGUUUGACUUGUGUAUGCAACUACUGGAUAAUUCACACUAUGCACUUUUAUAAAGUCAAAAUGAAUUUCAUACUUUUAUAUCACGUUGUCUUCCUCUACGCGUUGAUUGUUAACGCUGAACAAGUCGUCCGUCAGUUGGGUGAGCCCAUGGAUGAAGAGUCCAAAUUAAUUGACACGAAAAAUAGCAGCGUGUGGGGACCUGGCUUGCGACCUCAUAUCAUUGUGCUUCCAGCAAGAUACUUUUUUGUCAAACUUGUUCCAUUUGGGAAAAUUAACAUGACAAUGACUGAAAAUAUUCGAGAAGCCUUAAAAGUUCGGAUUGACUGUAGCGGCGACAGAAAUAUUUGGACACAAUUGCUCGACAGGAAGGAUGGCAGUUUUAUUGUACGGUACAAAAUGUAUCAGUCAUGUCUCAAAGGGUUUCGAAUCAUCAUUACCUUUCACAAGCUACAUGUUGGGAAAUCCCCAUAUAACAUCAAUGUACCGAUUCACCCUGAUCACUGCAAUUGUCCUCGAUAUUCGCUACCCAUUUGGCUCAAAAAGGCAAAAUGUCCAAAUGAAAAUGCCCAAAUUGAGAGUGAUUUAUCGCCAUUCCAAGAUGUGGAUUUUAAUAACGUUCUCAAAACAGCGGUUGAAAAAUUUUAUAACCUAAAAGCUCAUAGUUUUUGCCACUACGUGGUAAAAGAGAAUUUGAUAUACCGAAAAUGUUACGGUGAACACGUCGGGUUUCACAUGUUUUCGGACAGCAUUCUACUUUCACUCACGAGAAAGUUACAUUUACCAGAUUUUGAGUUCAUAAUGAAUUUGGGGGACUGGCCGCUAGUGGACAGAGCCCGGAUUAAACCACCCAUCCCAAUUUUCUCGUGGUGCAAAUCGAAUGUAACUUUGGACAUAAUUUUACCCACGUAUGAAUUGACGGAAGCAUCUCUGGAGGCAAUGGGGAGAGUGUCUCUGGACAUGAUGUCGGUGCAGUCAAACUCGGAGAAACAGUGGGAAGACAAAAUUCCGAAACUAUUUUGGAAAGGGAGGGACUCGAGGAAGGAGCGACUUGAUCUCAUUUCCAUUGGUCGAAAGCAUCCGAACCUCAUCAACGCCUCCCUCACCAACUUCUUCUUUUUUCGAGACCAAGAAAAGAUUUACGGUCCCAAAGAGCCACACGUUUCGUUCUUCCGUUUCUUUGAUUACAAAUAUCAGCUCAACAUUGACGGAACUGUUUCAGCCUAUCGUUUCCCAUUUUUGCUAGCAGGAGAUUCCGUCGUACUUAAAACCGACUCACCGUACAUUGAGCAUUUUUACAACGAUCUCAAACCGUGGACACAUUACAUACCAGUUCAGGCUGAUUUGAAGGACUUGGUGAAGAAGAUCAAGUGGGCAACGGGGAAGGAUGACGAAGUUCGAAAAAUUGGGAAAGCAGGAAGUGAAUAUGCUCGAGAAAACUUGAUGCCACUCAACAUUUUCUGCUACCACGGGCUUCUCUUUGAGCAUUGGUCGAAACGGCUAAAGAAUCCGGUGGAGGUAAAGGAUGGAAUGGAACAAGUUGUGGAAAAAGAAAGCCCAAACAAAGGACACUGCCAUUGUUCUCCAAAAAAGAGGAAUUAUGAGAGUGAUGAUGGUACAGAUGACAAGGAUGAGCUCUGAUCUAAUCAAAUAGAAUCUUUAUGCAUGGAAAAAUCUCAAUCAGUCAGUCUUGCAGUCUCAUGAAAAAAAUUAGCUAGUCCACCACGAUGAACAUGUUUAACAAAUUGACUAAAAGCCACUAAUCUUAAAACUAGUAAGUCUCUGAAACCUGUUAAAGUGCAAUAAUAAUUAUACUCACGUUGAACAAUAAUACUUACAUACAACUCUGCCUACUCUGUUUGUAUAAUAAAAUAGUUAUAGUUAUCUCAUCUCUGCAUGGUAAUAAAUGAUACGAGAUGUUUUUCUCAACA